CUGUAUUACCACGUAAUACACCGGCCAUAAGACUCAGUAAGUUCUCACGAGUCGUGGAUUAUACACAUCAUCUCGGCGGUUUUACAAAAAAACGACUGUCAAUUCAUCAAAAACGGAGGGACUAUUUUUACACGAAUCGAAAAAUGGCAGAGCAAAUACCGAGUCCAACGAAAGAUGGUCCCCAAUUGGAAGUAUUGAAUCGAGUGAAGAACAUUCCAGUGGUCAGUACAGCAAUUGAAAAAACUGGUUCGACGUAUUCGUACGUCAAGGGCUCUCAUCAUCUCGUGAAUUGGGCAUUGAAUCAAGCUGAAGCGGGUAUAAACUAUGCUGCUGCCACUGCAGCGCCAAUAGCAGCACCAAUUGCUAAGAAAUUUGAAGGGCAAAUUAACAGCGUUGAUCAAAAAUUGUGCCAGGGACUGGACAUCGUCGAGCAAAAAGUGCCGAUGGUCAAACAACCACCCAAAGAAAUUUACGAUGCGGCAAGGAACGUAAUGAGCACUUCUCUCCAGCCUACAAUUGAAAAAAUCACGGCCGUUAAAGAAUCAGCGACUCACCAAGCAUCCACUGUUAAAGAAAUCAGUAUCAACAAAGCCAAUGAAAUUCUUAACACUCACUACGGCGCACUUGCAGUUCAAAGUGUUGAUAACACAAGCGCACUUGUCAACAGACUUUUAGAUCACUAUUUUCCACCGGUUGCCGCAGAAGAAGCUACACCAGCACCCGUGUCAGCUGAUGAAAAUAAAGUACUGCACACUGUGCAAACAAUCGGUCAAUUAUCGAGCAAAACUGCGAAUCGCGUGUAUCAUUCGGUCACUGCGCAACUGAGAACGGUAAAGAGAGAGGAUGUUGCUGCCUACAUGCAGAGUGUCGUUUCCAUCCUGCAUUUGACGAAUUUCCUGAAUGGAGGAAAGGGAGAAUGUACUCCUGAAUCACCCACAUCAUCUACCGAAGAGAAGAAAGACCCGCAGAAAAAAUGAAUGAUUACUGAAUCAGCGGGCCUGACCCGAUCAGCUUAGUUUUAGCUGAUCGUCAAUAUUAAGAUAAAUUUUAUCACUCUGAUAAACACUGUACUGACAAAAUGUUCAUAAAAUUGACAAUGGUUAAUUGAUAAUCAAUUUUUCGAUAUCUAUGUUUGUAUUUUAUGUAAAUCUUCCGCACAUGUGCAUUAAAAUUAUUUUUCUGUACCAAUCA